AUGCCAGCCAUGUCCUUGCAACAACAUCCAGCACCUCCUUUUGCUCAGCUUGCCACCGCUCACGAGGCCUUUUACGCAUCUUCGCACGCCUCGGCCUCGGCCUCGUCCUCGUCCUCUUCGCUUGCAGAUCAACUCAGCGAUCACGACUCCUAUUCCAGCUCGUUUAGCGUCUCGAGAAACAACAGCUUCAGCGCCACAUCCUCCACUCGUUCCGGUCCUGGCCCCUCUUCUUCCUCCCAUGGCUUUCCCUGUCCCAACUGCGCCAAGGUCUUUGCGCGCGAUGACUUGCUCCGACGCCAUUUGGCUAGAGAAGCCAGGGCUCUCGCUCAGCCUUCCUUUGAUCGUCAGAAGAGCUGCUACGAAUGCGCAAGGUCCAAAGCCAGAUGCGACCUCGAAGUUCCAUUCUGUGGUCGAUGCCGUGCACGAGGAAAGCAGUGCACCUACGCUCCCAGAUCCGGCAACCCCAACGUACGCAAGGCUCGCAAUGCUGCCGCCAUGGCCCCCAUCGAUGCACAGAUGCACACCAUGACGCCUCACAUGCCUCCUGCUGUACCCCCGUCGGCCUCCAUCCCUUCCACCUUGCCCAAUCCACAUUGGACUAUGCCCAACACUAGCUUUGACGUCUCCGCCAAUCCCUUUAUCGCUCCCAACCCGGGCUUUAUCAAGCGCGAGCACGAACUCGACUACGACAGCCACAGCGACAGCGAGGCCCACUCAUGGCAUGACCCUGCUUCCUCUGCCUCUGGUUCAGUCUUUGGUUCGCCUCGACCGCAGCACAACCCAUCAGAUCAUCCCGACUCUGCACCGCCCAAUCUUGCCAACUUUACCAUCUCAGCUCCGUCUUAUCCCUCGAUUGCCCCACCUCGCACCGAAUCGCCCCACUCGUUCCACGACCUCAACCUCGAAUCCGACGCUGCUCCAGGCCCUCAAAAGAUCAAUUCGCGCAAGUCGAGCGGCUUCUCGCGUACCAACACCGGUCCUAUCGUCACAAACAUGAACCGUUCCGACGUCGCCUUUGCCAACGAAGAGGGUGAGCAGACGCCCAUCGUCCGACUCAACCCCAACAUGUCCCAUGCCGCCUCGGAUCCCGUCAGAAUGCAGAGCAUGAUCAACAACAACAACAACAACAACAACAACUUCCUCACCCCACCCCAUACCCGUCACAGGACCACCAGUCUACCAGAGGCGCUCGAAGAGACACUGGCCGACGAUCCCAACAUGCAAGCAUCCUGGAAUCCGCGCUCCGCUAUCGCUCAACAGCCCUCGCGCCAACAUCGCCAAGUCUCGGCAGCCACUACCAAUACCAUGAUGCCUCCGCCAAGGCCUCCCACGCUCAUCACUUCCAACCUCAACAACCGCAACCUCUGGCCUGGCCCGUCUCCGAUCCGUUCCGGCAUCUUUCAACAAGGUCUUGAUCUUUCCGGUUGGCUCGCCGAGCCUGUUGUACCAUCACCGCUCUAUCGCAUGGGCCCUAGCUUGCAUUCCGCCAUCAGCGGCAACUUUGCCGCCAUCUCGCACUCUCCCGUGGUCGAGACUCCGCUCUCGGCCAAGUUUGCAGCAUCGCUAGCUCAGACAAUGGGAGUCUCGAUCAACCCUGGCUUUCUUCCCGCCUUUCACGAGUCGCACCCGUCCACAGACGCUUCCAACGCUGCUGCUGCGCAUCCGCUCAGCCGCUCCUUGUCGGAUGCCCACACGCCACCUCAGUCUCGCUACGACUGCAACGGCCAGCUCGUGCUACCUGCUCCCCAACUGCCCAGCGCGAAACAGUGGUGGAUCCAGCCUGACCAGAACGGCCAAGUACCAGCCAGCCAAAACCUUAUAUGGAGGCUCAUCUCGGAGCAGAUCAGCAUCACACUCUCUUGGCAGGCAGGCGGCGAGCUCGACAAGGCCGACUCGGAUCCAAUCGCAGUAUUCGGAGCUGUCGCGUCGUUGUGGAUGUAUUUGGUUUUGAUCGUGUUUACCGACGAAGCUGCCAUCACGCACCACGUCGACGCUGCGCUGCUCGACAAGGCACUCUUGGCUCUGUCCGACUUGUCGCAAAAGCUGCUUGCACAUACUCUUGACGCAUGCAAGGCGUCCUCUGGCACGUGUACGCCAAGCCUCGCCACGUUUGGAUGGAUCGAGACGCUGAUUCGCACGCUGUUUGCCUCGUACUCGCUGCUUGUGCUGCAACGCUUUCGCGAAAACGGCGGCGAUGCGCGGGGGCGUCUGGCAGGGUGCUCGCUCAUCCUCGACAUUCCGCUUCCCGCUGGCGCUGGCGAGUUUGAAGCCGACAACGAAGCCGACUGGCUCCAGGCGCACCACGCCAACCAAAACGUGCUCGCCGAAGCAGGUGCACCGUUUGUGCGUCCAACUCUUCGCCAGCUCGUGCAGUUCCGAAACGACACCCUGGCCGCCGCCGCUCGAGCCGAUGUGGCGGAGCCCCAAGCUAAACUGCGCGACCUCCCCUGGGCUGCCACUCUUUUCGACAACCAGGACGAGUUUACCAACGUUGUUCUGUCUGUCGCGUUUGCUCUUGACGAUACCCAGAUUUGA